CAGACCUUCAGCGAUGGUUUAUAUAUCUCGCCCCGGUCUGCGACCUCCACCGUCAUCUGUUUAACUCUUACCAUGUCGCUGAGACAGCGAGUCCCUUUCCAGUCUUCUGCUGAGAACGAGCAGCAGGGCGAGGAGCACAUCCUGGACGAUCAAGAACAACAAGAGCUCAUUGAGGGCCUUCGGAGACAGAGUGAUGCCGCAACCAGUCAAUAUCUUUUCCUUGUCCAGGCUGUGAUUGGUCUGUCGCUGCUGCUACACAUCGUGUUCAUCCUUAGCGGAGACAAUCCAUUCUACGCUCUCCUUCCGUGGUUCGAGCCCCUUCCUCCUGCGAUCCCGCUCUCUCCGUUCUUCGCCUUCCUGCACAUCCUUCUCCAUCUCAACCUCUUCUUGCUACUCCUACCGCCUGCACAUCCUCUCAUUCUCGCCAUCGCCGGCCUUCCGUUCCCACUCUCCCUCAUCACUCUUCCGCUCGCGUUUACGUUCGUCGGCCCGUUCACUCUGGGCGCACCUGCGCUGUCGCUGCUGUUUUUGGCUGGCUGGCCGGAGGUCUUCUGGUGGAGCGUGCUCGCGGGAUUGACGUGGUUCGUGUAUAGCGUGAAGAACUGGAAUGAACAGAGUGAUGUAGAGAUUAGAGAGUUAGAGGGUUUGAGCGAAACGUGGAAAAGCUAUGAUAUCCGAGGUAGAGGUGUUUCCGUCCUCAUCGUCCAUGAUCCAGCAUAUAAACUGAACAUUGAGAAACAAAUAGCCCAAGUCAUCUUCCUGCCUCCAACAGUACUUCAAGGGAUGCUAGAGCACGCUGCCGCAGACAUUCAUCUCUAACGAGGAAUAAAAAAUGCCGAGCAUUUUUUUUGGACAUGAACUGGCUGAGAAAACCUGUCACGAAUGUCGGCCCGACGCGCCUGUCACGCAUGGUC